GCAGACGUCUGAGCUGCGACUGGACAUUCGCAAAAUGGUAAAUGAGCUUCUAUCGGACGUGGAUAGUGUUUCGCAGUCGAUUCUAAGGAUUCAGGGAUCUAAAUGGAACCAAUGAAGCACCAUUGUUAUUAGCUACUGAAAGUGCAUUCAAAAUACGUAGUUUGGUGUGUGAUUGCUACCCAGGUUAUCAGUCGCGGGUGACGUUGUAUUAUUUUGCAAGUAGUAGGCGUUCGUUUCCAAUUCCAGUUGAGUACAUGGAUGUGUAAUGGAUCAUCGGCUGUGGAAAAUCUGUAAAUUUCGAUUGACAUUCGAGUCUGAUUGUUUCAAUAGUGAAACAAGCGUUUACCAAUUGUAAAAAUUAGCUCCAAAGUGAAUAGUGUAUGAAUAUAGUGAGACCGACAGUGAAGCUUGGAGAAACACAUUCCAUCCAAUUGUGUUGUGGAUUAUAAUCAACACAACAACACUGCACAACCUAUUGAAAAAUUGUGGAAGCUCUUCGCACAUUCCUAACCUAGCAUCCCAGUUGCCAUGGACCGAAGUUGUCUCCCAACGAGCAGGUCGAACUUCCGGAAUCCCUUUGGUCAAAGACCAUGGUUGGAACAAAAUGGAGCAGCGGCAGCUGCAGGUGGUGGCACCGGACUUAAGGGUAUCGUUGCCGGUGGUAUCACCGGUGGAAUUGAAAUCUGCAUCACUUUCCCUACGGAGUACGUUAAAACGCAACUUCAGCUCGACGAAAAAGGUGCCACCAAACAGUAUAACGGAAUUGUGGAUUGUGUGAAAAAGACCGUCAAGACAAACGGUUUCUUCGGUCUGUACCGAGGUCUUAGUGUACUGCUCUAUGGAUCUAUACCAAAGUCUGCAGUAAGGUUCGGCGCCUUCGAAACGUUCAAAGGAUACCUGAUGGAACCAAACGGCCAACUAAGCACUUCCGGUAAGCUGUUGGCUGGUCUGGGUGCUGGUGUAGCCGAAGCGAUCCUUGCUGUAACCCCAAUGGAAACCGUCAAAGUGAAGUUCAUCAACGACCAACGAAGUGCCAACCCCCGAUACAAAGGUUUCUUCCAUGGUGUCGGUCUGAUUGUCCGACAGGAAGGGUUUUCUGGUGUAUACAAGGGACUAACUGCUACAAUCAUGAAGCAAGGUUCCAACCAAGCCAUUCGAUUCUACGUCAUGGAAUCCCUCAAAGAAGUCUACAAAGGUGGAGACCAAUCGAAACCUGUACCAAAGAUGGUGGUUGGUGCUUUCGGUGCGGUUGCUGGUGCUGCUUCCGUUUUCGGCAACACGCCCAUCGAUGUAGUCAAGACCCGCAUGCAAGGUCUAGAAGCGUCCAAAUACAAGAACACCGUCGACUGUGCGGUUCAAAUUUGGAAAAAUGAAGGACCGCUUGCAUUCUACAAGGGCACUGUCCCACGGUUAAGUCGUGUCUGCUUGGACGUCGCUAUUACCUUCAUGAUAUACGACUCAUUCAUGGAACUGUUCAACAAGUUCUGGCGCUAAACAACGGUCAAUAGUUUUAGUCUGCGGUCAAGAUCUUCGACAUGACACGGAAUGUUACAUACAAAUGUUAGAGCCACGCGUCACCAACUCAUCCCAAUGUGUGCUAAUCUGUAUCACCCAUUUAUCAGGGAACUGCCCACGAAGACCUUAUGGACGCUUUUGUAGCAACAAGUACACAACCUCAAUGUUAAUCGUAGCCAAGCUAAGCAGAAAAACGAAUCUUUAAGAAACAAGAAUGCAUUUGUGUUAGUCGAAACGAACCUAGCUCGUUAAUAGGGGGAGGGAAUCACAACUACGUACGGGUAGAUCCUAAGCACUGAAAUCUGACAAAAAAUGUUAAAUGCACAAACAAACUAGCAGCAAACACCCCCUGCCCCCUAGGUUUCAAAACAUAUUAUAUAAAGCAAUCAUUAUGAUUUGUUUGCGGGUAUUUAAAAUGUACUUUAAAUUUUUGAAUUGUGCAGCAACCAAUAAGCAUUCCAUUCAUUGUGACAUUACCUUAUUUGUGGAUAGCAUAGCUAUCUAAUUCCUUUAUUAAGAAUAGUGCAUUCGUGAGCUGCAUUGCCAAAACGCAUUUUGAACAUUCUAAUUUUUUGUUUUGUGUUAACAUUGAAUUGUUCAAAUUUUAAACCGUCAACCCAGAGUGUUAAACAUUGAAUUUUUUAUGCUAUCCUCUGUUUAUAAAACAAUCAAAAAGUAAUGCCUAUUUAUUGCUUGAUGUGUAAUAUAUACUAAAGUAGUAAAUGUGAAAAUAAUAAAAACAGAUUAAAAAACAAUAAUCCUGA